GAUCAACAUAUCUCCACCGUUUAUUCCGCAUGAGAGUAGAGAAUCAUUUCCCACCUGCAAAUGUUUUAGUUCUAUAUCCAAUUCGACCCCUUUCCUCAUCGAACUGUCAAGACACCCCGAGCUUCCAGUUUCAGCUUCACACUGACAAAUCACAAUGAUUCGCAAACGAUAUCAAGAAGCCAAAACAGGUUUUCAAUUGGUGAAAUCGAUGAAUGCCCAGAAGUAUUUGAAGAAAAUAGGACUUGGGAAAGAGGACUACUACUUCUGGAAGCAAAUUGGCAAGGCUCUACUAUGUACUUACACGCUAUUUGGUGUCGCGUGGCUCUACAACGAAACAUCACCGCUAGGUUGGUGGACGUUAAAGCCUCGCCCCAAGGAAGAAAAAGAGCUAGCACACCUGUAUGAGCGGCGAGAGUUUCCGUACCCGGGUGAUGAAGAAGCAAUGGAAGAGUUCGUUGCCAAAGGGGGUAUGAUUGGCACAACCAUCGGUCCAAAAGGGGUUGUUGAAACCGAUAAGGAUGCGUUUAACUACCAGAAGGACUUGCAAAACAAGAAGCUUGAGCAAGAAGCUCAGAAGCUGUGGUUGAGGAUGAGGAAUGAGGUCAUUCAGGAGCUUCAAGAGAAGGGGCAUGAUGUUGAGUGAUAGUUUUGUGAAGUAUCAGUGAAUGUUGUAUGGUCUUGUGAAACAUUAAGAGCUGUUCUGAGUUAUAUUAUUAUGAAAUGUAGCCUGAAUGGAAUUGGUUCAAUGGUUUUGUGAAACUCUUAUCAUUGUGUAAAGUUUGAGCUGAUUGGCUGCUGUACGGUAUUUAAAGUUUAAAGUUUAAAGUUUAAUGACUUUUGGAUCCUC